AUGGCUCCCAAGCGACCCAAGAGCGGGGCUGGCGGCGGGGCUGCGGGCACAGGGACAGGCUCCAAGAACUGGGAAGCGGGGCUGGUGGCGGCCCGCUUGGAAGAGGAAAAUUGGAUUCCCAGUGCUGCAUUUGUUGUUGGGAGCAAACCUGAGGAUGAACUUCACAUAAAGGCUCUAUCUGUUGCUGUGCAAGUCCCACAGCGGAGGCUCUUCAGUAUGGUUUCUUGGGAAGAAUUAUUAGCACAGAUCAUGGAAGCUGGAGAUGUAAAAGCAAAGAAGGUCAAAGAAAGAGAAACACCUUUAUAUUAUGAGGUGAUAGAAAUGGCAAAAAGUAUUCUGGAUUCUGGAGAAACACUUCCUGUAACUUUGAUUGGAAAAUUAAUUAAAUAUCAAAUGCUUUGCAUCAGAGAGAAAGAUCUUCAGAGAAGGAAUGCUGAGAAGAAGGCAACAGAUGAGCGAGACAAGGAGAAAGAAGAGAAGGGGAAGGGGAAAGGAAAGCCUAAGAAGGAGAAGGAGAAAGAGAAGGAGAAGGAGAAGGAGAAGGAGAAGCCUCCCAGUGCCAAGGCUGGUGGAAAAGGAGGAAAAGGGAAACGGUCAGCUGAGUCACCAAAUUUAUCAGCGACUACCAUUAAAAAAGAUACCAAGCUUAAAAGACGUGGGGAAGAUGAUGGUCUUGAUAAAUUCAUUGAUGAUGAACCAGAUGAUGGUGCUCAGUUUUAUUUCAUAAUUAGUGGUUUUCACAAUCCUCAACUUUUACCUAUACUGUCUGAUCUUGGCAUCAAUAUUGGAAGCGUCAUUCAGAUUUCUUCUAACAAUUAUGAGCCGCUCCAGACCUACUUAGAAAUGAUGGCUUUGCAGGAAGAACCACUUCUUGCACCAGAAGUUGUAGAAGCUGAAAACAAAAAGAAGGAAAAAGCAGCUAAAGACCUGGAAACAUUCUGGAAAUAUUUGGAACCAAUCCUAAACAAUGGAAAACCAGGAUCAAGUAUUUUUCAGAUAGCUAGACUCUAUCACAAAGUCCAUGAGUCUUCCUUUCCUGCUGACUGGAGCAACAAUGACUUGAUGCUUGAAAUUGGAACAGAAAUCUUUGAAAAUGUUGCAUGUUUAAUGUAUGACUGCCUGGAUUGGAAAAGACAGCACCAGCACUACUUGGAAUCGGCUAGAUUUAUUACUGUACCUGUGGUAGAAAAGAAGAGUAAAUUAGAGAUACAUGUGACUGCUCCAGUUACUCCCUCAAGAAAGAAACAGGCUGUAGACGAGUCUGUUGCACUCCCAGUUUUAACUACAGAUGUAGACAUGAGAUAUUACAAUGAUCUCCUAAGCUGUAUCCCUGAUGAGGUGGUUUCUGUUGCCUUAAUACUGCACUGUAUGCUGCAGCAGGUUGUUGCAACAGAAGAAAAUCUUAUACCACCAAGCCUAGUGAUUCCACAGCCACGUGAAGAUGGGCUGGAUCAUUCUAUUGCCAGUCAUAUUGUUUCGACCCUACCUUCUCUUGCCCUUCCUGAGAAUGAAAAAAUGAAGCUGUAUAAUUCCUUUUAUCCUGAAAAUGAUGAAAAAGUUCAGGCUCCCAGAUGGCCUCUAAUACUAAACUAUCAUGAUAGUUUGUCUCGGAAGCUGCACUGCCUAAAGGUAAAAGAUGGCUUAGACCCAAUAAAGAUCGAAGAAGAAAUGAUGGAAAAGCUGCCUUUGAUGGAACUUCUUAAAUUCCCUCUUCCAUCACCUGCGAACAACACCAAACGCCUUGCCAUGCUUCAUGAACUCAUGCACUAUUGUACUAAUGAACAUAUGAACUGGGCUGAAGUAGAACGAGCUUUUAAAGUGUUUACUUUUGAAAGUUUGAGGCUGACAAAGGUCAAUAAUUCUGGGCAACUAGAAGGCUCUGGCAGGAUGCUUGGUGGAGAUGAUGAGGUGUCUUAUAUCCCAUGGGAUAAUCCUGCUAGGUUUGCUAGACAACUGAGACAAGAAUUAAUUGGCAAAAAGCUUUCUAAAGAACAUAAUAUGAGUAAUUCAGAUUUGAUAUCUGAUGUUCGUGGAAAUGGUCUGAUCAGCUCUCUAGAUAAGGUAAAUGUGGAGACAGAAUUUUCAGCCAUCCAGAAGACCCAGCAGCGGUGUUUGAAAGACUGGAGUGUUGCUGAAGAUUUUCAACCACAGCUUCUCUUCCAGAUCCUUCACAAUGCAACUCAGCAUUAUAGGUGCAUUGAUUCCUAUUAUCACACUCAAGAUAACUCUUUGCUGGUAGUUCUUCAUAAUCCCAUGAACCAACAUAAUCAAUUCCAGGAGUCUUGGAAAGUUUCACUGCAUUCUGAUGUUGGGUUCAGGAAUUAUCUGGAAUUGGUGGCUGGCUCCAUUGAUGAAUGGAUACUGAAAGAAGAAACCAAAUACCAGGAAGAAAAAAUGGCUAAGGAACUGGAAGCACUUAGAUUAGCUAAAGAGGCAACAGAGAAACCUGUUGAGGUCAAGUUUCCACCUGCUGGCAAAAAAGGGGCUACUGCAAAGAAAUUGAAAAGUGCUUCUAAAAGUAAAGUAGACAUUCCGUCAGAACUUGUAGUUGAGAAGGAAAAAAAUAUACUUGUCAGAGAUGAUUCUCUCAAGGCUUGGAAGGAAGAGCAAGAGAGGUUGUUGGAGGAAGAACGCUUAAAAGAACUAAAAAAAGCAGAGAAGAAGGAAAAAUCUGAUGGGAAAAAGAAAGGCCAGGGUAAAGAGCCACCCAUUCCUGAAGAAGGAAAAACAUCAAAGAAGAAGAGUUCCAAGGAUAAAGCAAAAUCACCAGAAUCAUCCAAAUCAGCAGAAGUUGAAGAUCAGACCAAGUUGCAGAAACAAAGUAAACAAAAUAUCCCUCCUUUGUCUGCAGAGAAAGGCUAUGAGUUUCUUGGAUACAAUAUGGGUGAGAAUCUCAUUCAAGUUUCAGGGACUACCCAAUAUCUUUUCCCUACUGAUGGAGGGCAAAUUCAGGCAGAAAAAAUAAUGUUUGAAAAAGGGUCAACCUUAGUUAAAGUGAAGGUGAUAAAAGACAACCAUAGUUUCUUCAUUCAUAUUGUAGAUCCCCAGAUAAGCCUAAAAGAAUGUAAAAGUGAACAAGAAAGUUUUGGUUCCCUAGAAGAACAAGAUACAAAGCCAGUGAAAAAACCAAUUAAUCAAGGAAAAGCUCUGAGCAAAUUCGGGUCAUUUUCUGCAAGCUUAGAAAAUGAAAUCCAUCUUUCCUUUAGUUGUUAUGGCGCUUCAGGAAAAGCAGCAGAGGAAACGGACCCUAAUUUAGCAACUGUUCUGUCUAUCCCUUCAAUGAACAUCCCCACUUUGGCUUUUCUUCCCUCGGCUGUUUCUGCUGCUGCUGCUGUUCCUACUACAGGAAAAGCAAAACCAGGUAAAGAAAAAUCAGCCAAAUCCUUACCAUCUGCCAAAGUGAGUUCCCGUCUAACAAUGUCUGCCUCACCAGAAGAAACUCCAACACAAGAAGAUAAAAAGAUAGAAAGAAGUGAGCCUAUACAAAUGCAAGCUGUUCCUGAAACCCGUGUUUUCAAUACUUUGAAUGUGUCUUGUCCCAAUGGAUUGGUACUUACCUUUCUUGGUCAGAAGUUCACAGGUGAGGAAAAAGGAGAGAAAGCCAAGAGUGAUGAUGAAGAAAGCAAAACAGAUGAGACUAAAUCAGUUGAAGUCAAGUUGGAUGAAAUCAAGACUGAAGAUACCAGAGAAAAGCAAAUUCAUCCUCAAGAGUCCAUAGCUAAAGAGAAUGGAGACAAGGCAAUGAAUGACAAAGACAGUGAUGAAUCUGGAACAGAUCCUACUGUCGGGAAUGAAACUGCCAGUGACAGCAAGGCUGAGAUGGAAACAGAGGAUAACAAUAUGGAUAAGGAAUCUCCUUUUGAAAUACUUAUUAGGCAGAGCUAUCCACAAAGAGUAAAACAUGCACAGCUACAAAAAACUGUGAAGAAACCAAUAGAGCAGGAAGUGUCCAGAGUGAUAACCCGACAAGGGACUGUUUUAAAGUACAUGUUAGAUGGAUCCACUCAGAUACUGUUUGCUGAUGGCACAGUGAUUAAAAGUCCAGAUUCUGGCCCUGUGAUGCCACCUCCACCUGCACCCAGCACACCUCAUACAGAGGUCACACCAUCUCCGGAGACAAGCAUCAAGAAAAGCAGAAAAAAUACUAAAGGUCCACUUGCAGGAAAAAAUGAAACUGUUGAAGCAGUUGCUCAAGAACAUCUGCCUGAACCUGAACAAUCCACUGAUGUUUCGGCUGGCACUUGGAUAACAACUGCCCCAUUAGGCAUUCAGAUAGGCACCAAAGGAUCAGAGAGGCUUGAUCUGAAACCACUCUUGGCUUACCAGGCCACUGAUCCAGUUAAUGGAACGGUAAUGAUAAUGAGAGAAGAUAAAGUAGUAAUGGUGGAGGAAAAAGAUGGAUCCCGAAUAGUAGAUCAUGCUGAUGGCACCAGAAUAACCACCUUCUUCCAGGAGUGUGUUGAAAUUGUCUCUCCUAAUGACAUUGAAGAAGCAGAGGGUUGCCCUCAAACCAUCACAAGGAAGGUGAAAUGCAUGCACAUAGAAAAUCCAGACUUUGCCACAGUCAUAACAAACUGUGAGGACAGCGCUUGUUGUGCUAUUUUUGCUGACGGCACUUCAAUUAUAUCCAAACCACAAGGAACAUACCAGAUUUUGCCCAUAAACAAAGGCUCCCUCUUCAUUGAUGAAAAUUACUCUGCAGUUUACUCUUCAGAGGCAUUUGAAAAAAAUGAUAGUGAACCAACAUCCAGUGAUGAGAACCAGCAUGUAGGGAAAUACAUUAUGAAACACAAUUCCAGGGUUGCCUGUGAGAUGGCAGACCUGGCAGGAAAUAUUUUCAAGGUAAUGGCAGAUGGUAGCACAUCUGUAUUCAUUCCUACCAUUGAUACUGAUAGCAAAGAAUCUGAACCCACAGAAAUUCAGACUCCUGUGAUAUAUGGGGAACAUACACCCAGAUUCUUCAUUGUCCAUGCUGAUGGGUCAGGAACUGAACUCCUCCGCACCAAAGAUGUAGAAGAAUAUCUGGCAAUGGCAUACAGUGAUCCCAAUAUAGCUGUUCUUAAGGAGCCAAUACGCCCAGGAGUCCUAAGCAUUAUUAUUCUCUGCCCUUUGACUGAAACCUCUAAGUGGGUAAUGAAAAGAGACUCUGCCACUAUCAUUCCUUAUAAUCUCCAGUCCAGGGAUUGGCAAAACUUUCCUCCUUUUGAGAGGAAGACUCCUGGUCCUCCAUUUGGAAUGCGUGCUUGGAAAGGCCUGGACAUUGAGUUCAAGGAAUUAGCCAGUUCUCCUGAACCGAUAAAAAAAAGUCCAAAUGUGCUCCAAAUUCGUCGAUUAAUGCAAUAUGAGCCACUCAGUGAUGAAUUAAGAUACAAGUUGCAGUCUUCUGUCAAGGCAUACAUUGACAAAAUCAUUAAGCAAGAAGAUGAGAGGCAAGAAAGGAUGAUUAAAGAUCCAAGAACGGAACAGGAAAAGAAAAAUGCUGCAGACCUUCUCAAGCUAGUUAUGUCUUUUCCCAGUAUUGAGGAAUCCUCAGAUAUUUGCAGUAGAGCACCAAUUUCUGCACUGUAUGAGCAGGCAAUGAUUUCACAGGCACCAAGUUUACCACGGGAGGCAUUCCCAAAGCAAACAGAAGAAUAUUGGAAGAGGUUAGACCAAGAUGAACCAGUGCACGUUUCUCGCUGGCAGAUCAAGUUAGCGCAGACCAGGCAGGAUAUUGAGGAUGGAAAGAAUUGUCUUAUGAGGAUGAGGAACAAAAUGAUCCCUCCCUAUUUCAGGUCUGAAUUUGGAAUGCAAUUUCUGCAAAAAGAGUUUCCAGAUGUUGAACUCCUUUCAGGAAUGCUCCCUCCUUUUCCAAACAAAGAAACAAAGGAACCAUUGUUGGAUACACGUGUAGAUUCCUCUGAAAACGAAACUGCUGGACAGAGUGCAAAUGCAGAAGGAAGUGAAAAUAAACUCCAGAUCCUCUUCCAUCCAAAGCUUCAAUCACUUCUUGUGGAUGCUACAGGAUCCCCAAGGAAAGAGAAAGUGAAAUUGCCCUUAUCCAUACAGAGAAACAAAGCAAAAUCAAUGCCAAGGCAAAAGACUGUAGAUCUUGUUUCUGGCAAAGUUCGCACAUGCUCUGCCACAGCACCUUCCCAGACAAUGUCAGGAUUCCUUCUUAUCCCACCGAAGGUGACAUUUGGAGUUCUUAAGGAGGGCUGCACUUAUGCAACCACAGUGGCUUUGAAGAAUGUUGGAAUGGACUUCUGCAGGUUUCGGGUGAAACAACCCCCACCUUCUACAGGAUUGCGAGUGAGCUACACUCCAGGGCCUGUAGCUGCUGGACUGCAAACUGAACUGGAAAUAGAGAUUUUCGCCAUGGCUGUUGGAGUGGAAGGAGAUAAGGGUUUGGGCAAACUGUUCUAUCAGAUUGAAAUUCACGCAGAAACUGAAACACUAUUUCUUCCUGUGGAAGCAACAGUCUUAACAGACACCAUCUAUGAUGAGAGACCACCGAACUAUCCCGAGGGGGGAAAAGCCUCCAGGAUCCAGUUGAUUUCAGCAAGUCCAGUCUCUCAGUUUAGAGUAAUACUUCCUCGCAAGCUUCCUCAUUAAUAACAGACCUGGAGUAAUUUUUUCCAAUAUUAUGACAGUCCUGCAGUGCUAACAUUCUUAAUCUGCCAGGAAUGUUAAAUUGGUGUUUUCAAAGCUUAAUGAAAUUCCUUUUUUUUAAAAAACUAAUAUUCACUCAUUGUAUAUAAAUAAUCGGCAUUGUAAACAGUUGUCAGGAUAUCAUCUUAAUAAUAUGAACAUACAGCCAUAAAUAAUAAAAAAAAUAUU